AUGCCAGAGGGAAAUCGCAGCAUUGUGACAGAAUUUGUCCUCACUGGAUUCCCUGGACUUCAUCCAGAGUACCAAGGUCUUGCCUCAGCAGUGUUGUUUUUGGUUUAUUCCUUAACUCUGAUAGGCAAUGCUUCAAUUAUUAUCUUAUUUGCAACUGACAGCUGCCUUCACAAGACAAUGUAUUAUAUCGUUCUGAAUCUUUGCGCUUGUGACAUUCUCUUUAGCACAACUACUUUACCGAAGAUCAUCAGUAAGUAUUGGUUUCAGUCGGGGGCCAUGUCGUUCACUGCCUGUUUUGUCCAAAUGUACUUUGUUCACUAUUUUGGCACAGUGAAUUCUUAUAUUCUUUUCCUGAUGGCUUUAGAUAGGUACUUGGCCAUCUGCCAUCCUCUCAGAUAUUCGCUUGUACUUAAAAAGUCCACUAUCCUCAUCCUCAGUAUUACUGCAUGGAUUGUUGCCAGUGCAAGCCCUUUAAUGUUAGUUAUUAGGGCAUAUCCUCUUCCUUACUGUGCCUCAAACAUAAUCAAUCACUGUUACUGUGAUCAUAUCGGUAUAACAAUGCUAGCAUGCACUGACCGAGCCCCUUAUGGAAUUCCUGCUUUUGUGUUGGCAAUGGUUGUGUUACUUGGGCCUCUGGCAUUUAUCAUUUUCUCAUAUUGCAGCAUAAUUAUAGCAGUUCUUAAGAUCGCAAAUGUACAAGGUCGCGUAAAAUCUCUGUCCACUUGUAGUACUCAACUGAUUAUAAUCUUACUUUAUUAUUUACCCAGAUGUUUGGUAUAUUUAGCUAGCAAUGUUGGCAUUACAUUUAAUGCUGAUAUGAGAAUCCUAACUAUCAUGCUGUAUAGCCUUUCCCCCCCCAUGAUCAAUCCACUUAUAUAUUGCUUACGAGCUAAAGACAUGAGAGAAAGCUUGCGGAAAAAAUUCAACAAAGGGACCUUUUCACAAAAAGCACAAGUUUCAGCUAUUAAUGACUGA